AUGCCAUGGUUGGCACGCUAUAAGCCCCAGAUCGACUGGUUAGCCAGAUCAGUGAGACGUCGAAGCAAGUUCGACGUCAGCGAAGUGUUCACCCAUCUCUUGGUGUCUCCAAGUGAUUGGCCGAACGUUACAGUCGUGGAUCGUACAUCCACGACACCGGCGGUACACAGAGUGAGCGAUGGCCCUCUCUGUACCGCUUGUUCCGUGCCCCUACGCACGAGUGAUGAUGUCUCCUCGCUUUGCAGCGAGGAGUCCGACGUGGACGAGCAGUGGCUCCCGCGUAAUGACGACGCGGACGAGCAGUGGCUCCCGCGCGACGACGACGCGGUCGAACAGCGGUUCCCGCACGAGAGAGUAGUGGUCGAACACGAACAAGUGUUCCCACCUGCACCCAUUGUGGUCGAGCAGAGGCUCCCACAAGGGCAAGAUGUGGCCGAGCAGGGGCUCGCCACCGAGUGUGACGUGGAUGGACAAGAGUCCCCACGUGCGGAAAUGAUGGUCGAACAGGGGUUCCCAUCGUCGCCUACUGUGGUCGAACAGAGUUUCCCACGUGAGCAAGACGUGGUCGAGCAGGGGCUCCCACAGGAGUUUGUGGCGGUAGAGCAGGGGCUCCCACAGGAGUUUGUGGCGGUAGAGCAGGGGCUCCCGCAUCAUGCGUCGACGGACGAGUAUGGACUACUCCCGUCACGCGAUUUCGACGUCCUGGAUGAGGACAUCCAGCGUCUAGAGGGGGGUGCAGAUUUAACACCUGACUGCGGUUCGCCAGCUUCGAGCAAGGACUCGAAGCACGAUGGGGACGCAAGCUACGAGAACUCAGCGUUGGAAUGUGUCCACGCUAUUGUGUACGUGGACGGGAGUCCACAAAGGCGCCAAUACAUUGAGGUCGCGAGUCCACCUCGCGACGCGUCGUCGAUUACGAGCCUUCCAGGACUCUCCUGGAAGCAUUUUCUACGUGACCUCAUGGGAGGCACGGUGGAACAAGUAUGUCUGGUCACCAACGAGGUGACCUAUGAGCCGAAUGAGGAGCGAAUGACGCGCCCUCGAAGCGCUGAGCAAAAGUCAGCGCGCGAAGAAAGAUUUGCGUCGCAAUCUUGGGAGGCUCUGCGCGAGUCUGGUAACCCUGUUUACGACAUUGCACGAGAGUACGCCGACGUGUUCCCGGACAAGAUUCCGGCCAAACUCCCUGCCGAUCGUGGCGUGCGGCACGAGAUUGAUCUCGUGCCAGGAUCGAAAUAUUGUGUGACACGCCAGUGGUCGUUGCCUCGAGACCAAGUCGAGGAUAUUGAUGCAUUCUUCGAAGGUCGUCGCAAGGCCGGUCAUGUGCGUGAGAGUGUCUCACCCCAUUCGAGCCCAACCUUCUGCGUGAAGAAGGCUACGGGAGGCUGGCGUAUAGUGCAUGCGUUUAACAAGCUCAACGAUGCCACUAUUCCUGCCCAAACGCCUAUCCCCAGGAAAGACAUGGUUCUAAACUCCAUGUCAGGUAGCGUCAUCUUCAGCGCCAUCGAUCUGACCGAUGGCUUCUACCAGAUCUUGAUGCUACAGACUGACAUACCACUCACUGCGGUGUCCACCCCGAGUGGUAUGCUAUGGGAGUGGCUGGUGAUGCCACAAGGAUUGAAGAACGCACCAGCCACUUUCAAUCGCAUGGUAUCUCAAGUGUUGAGACCGCUUCGAGACUUUGCUCCUAGCUACUUCGAUGACAUUUUUGUCCACAGUCGCGCUGAGGGCAACCUCAGUGCUGUCCAAGUCUACCUUCAACACCUGAAGCAGGUGUUUCAAGUCAUGCGAGAUAACAAGUUAUUUGCAAACUUGAAGAAGUGUGCAUUCUGUGCACCGGAGAUUCCGGUGCUGGGCUGCUACGUGAGUAAAUCGGGUGUUCGAGCCGAUCCAGAGAAGGUGUCGUCAAUCUGUUCUUGGCCCACACCCAAGAGCCCUACGGAGUUACGUCAAAGGCUCGGUCUAGCUAAUUACUUGCAUAAGUACACAAAGGAUUACGCCGGUUCUAUACAGCCCCUGUCGUCACUUCUGAAGAAAGACGCAACGUGGUCGUGGCGUCCCGAACAUCAAGCAGCCUUUGACGCAGUGAAGAAGAGCCUGGCGUCGGCGCCAGUGUUGAUACUCCCUGACGACACCAAGCCGUUUCACGUCGUGUGUGAUGCAAGUGACUUUGCAAUUGGUUGCGCCCUCAUGCAGUUUGAUCAUGAGGGCCGUGAACGAGUCGUGAGCUACCAGUCACGACAGAUGAAGCCAGCAGAGAAGAACUAUCCGGUUCACGAUAAGGAACUGCUAGCGAUGCGCUAUGCACUCAUCAAGUUUCGUGUCCACCUACUGGGCGAACGCACGUUCGCCCUGUGUACUGAUCAUGCAUCGCUGCGAACAGCAAUGAAGAGCCCACACCUGUCACAGCGGAUGGCACGGUGGCUCUCUUUCUUCUCCGAGUACAACUUCGUCGUGCACUACAAGCCAGGAAAGACCAACAUUUUUGCUGACGCACUGUCACGACGCCCAGAUUACGAUCCUCGUAUGGCACUGAGUCGUCAGGCAACUGACGACGAAGAUGAAGACGAUCGAUGUGCGACGUGUGUGUCGUUGAAUCUAACUCGGGUCACACCCGAGUUAUGCCUUUUCGAUGAAAUUGUCGCGGCUUACGCGAACGACCCGGAUUACGCGGACAUUAUCGCCUAUCUGCGCGCUCCCAGUGAGGCUGCACUGGGAGCUCUUUCGCGAACGAAGCGUGAUUACAUUCGACGAUACAGUAUGGACGGUGAUUUGCUGUUAUAUAGCAUCGACAAAUUCGAUGCACCUCGAACGGUGAUUGCGAAUGACUUGGAUUUGCGUGCUCGUAUCAUCCACGAGUAA